AUGGAAGUGGAUGAGAAUUUCCUUGUUCAAUUCAUUAUUAACUCAUUACCAUCUGAGUAUGGCCCUUUCCAAAUGAACUACAACACCAUGAAAGACAAAUGGAACGUGCAUGAACUGCACGGUAUGCUGGUUCAAGAGGAAACAAGGCUGAAGAAUCAAGGAACCCACUCCAUUAAUCUUGUAGGCCAUCAAGGAGCUGGAAAGAAAGAAAAGAAACAUGGAAAAGUUAAGCAGAGGCAACAUAAUGUCAAUGAGUCCUCUUCUCAAGUACGUAAGAAGGAACACAAGAAUGAUAAGUGUCGUUUCUGUGGAAAACCUGGACACUUUCAGAAAGAUUGCCUGAAACGUAAGGCAUGGUUCGAGAAGAAAGGGAUUCCUUACAACCCAGACCAUAAAUCGGAUUGA